AUGAUGAACAGAAGUGAGCCACAGCAACUUAACCAAUUUGCAGCUCACUUCAUCAGCAAUACUGAUCAAACCCAAUCUUGCAAUUUUGUAACUUUUCUCCCUAUUGGGGAGAAUUCACCUCUCCAGCGAGCAGAGUGGAUCAAGUACUUGGGAGUUUUUGCAAAUAUGGAAGUCAGAGCAAAUCAAGUUUAUGAUGCAGUCAAAGAGAAUUAUAUAUGUUUGACUAAAGUUGCAGCUAGCAAGAAAACCAAGUUCAAGCCAAUAGUAGCUUGGAUGGAGUACAAUGAGGGUGUGUGGUCAUUCACACAAGAAACGUACAAACUAAAGUAUGUGGAAGAUGCAGGUGGUGAGAAUAUUGACAACACCAUCAACAAAGUCACCUACAACAUUUCUAUUCCUGAUGACUUGGAUGCAUUUCAUGCCAUUCUAUGCACUGUGGAUGUAGUGAUUGAUGAGAGCUAUAUUUAUGAUCCAACGAGCUACAAUAUCUCCACGUUUCUCCAAAAUAUUUACAUUGAGGAUCAAUCUUGUUUUGCUUUCAUAACAAAUCAACGCCUGUGGAGAUACGAUAAAAGAAUCCAAAAUUAUACUGCUCUUGACUGGUACGACGGGGCAAUCUCCCAGCCUCAACUGGUUCUAGCAGACCUCAUUGAAGCUUUCUUUCCAUCAGAAAAUUACAAGACAACAUAUUUCAGAAAUAUCGCCAAGGAGGAAGGAGUUACAAGUAUGAGUCCCGAAAUGUGUGAUAGGGAUAGCUCCAUUGCCAUGGAGCCUACUCUCAUAGCUUGCGAGUGA